AUGUAUGACAUCGAGCCGGUAAUCCGCCACGCGGGCAAGGAUGUCAUCUGUCCACGCGAUGGGAAGCUUGGUGCAGCCUAUGUGGAUGUGGCAGAGGACCCGCAUGCGGGGAGAGCUACUUGCAUGUUGUCCUACACCUGGGGUUAUGAAGUGCACACGAUUUCGAGCGCUUUGAUGACUCACUGUCGGCGGCUUCGCGAGAAUCCGCAGCAGAUUCGUGUCUGGAUUUGUGCCUUCUGCGUUAACCAGUGGCGGGUACAGGAGGCUGUAGCUCAAGGAGCGAAGGUGCCUUUUGAAUUCUUUCAAGCUGAGUUUGCCGACAAGGUGAAAAGCAUUGGGAAGAUCUUGGCCUUAAUAACGCCAUGGGACAACCCACUCUAUUUGACUAGGGCCUGGACGAUUUUCGAGUGCUACAUGGGAUCCGCGGAUGAGCACAUCGACUUCAAGUUCAUUCUGCCAGAGUCCGACGAGAAGUCCUUUUCUGAAGUCCUGAGGCGGGACUCCGCCAUCUCGACCCUUUCAGCGAUCUUCAAAGCCAUCUCAGAGCUGCGUGUGCAAAAGGCCCAAGCCCAUUAUACGGAUGACAGGAGGAAUGUGAUGAAAGUCUUGACUGGUUCAGCUUUAGACGAGCGGCAGCUCGAUGCGCUGCUGGAAGAUCGUCUCGAAGGUGCUGAUGAGCUUGCAGUUGAGGAAGCUUGCAAAGAGAUCAACUUGCAUGUAGUGCGUAAGCUGCAUGAGCGCUUCAUUGACAGCGGGCUGGGGGUUCUGGAGUUGGAGGUGGAUAGAUGUCUGACUGGCUUUUCUCAGAUUGGUUGGAUGUGCAACCAAAUUGGGAUGUACGAUGAAGGUCUGCAAAGUCUUAACACCGGCAUUGACACGGCCCGAGCCUUCUAUGGUGCUUCCAGCAAGAUGAGUGAGUCCAACGCCCUUGCGCUCAUCGGUCUUCUCCGGGCAAAAGCCAAGCUGUUGACGUACCGAGGGUCCCGCUCCAAGGCCAGCAAUCAACAGGCAUUUGAAGAGGACUUCGACAAUGCCUAUAAGCUUUAUUGGCAGGCCAAGGAGCUGCUGGAAGAGAAUCAUCUCUCCACGAUCUCGACCCAUUAUGCUGAAGUUCUUGGGGACCUCAGCAUUUGGCAUGGAAAGAAGGGGGAUGUUGGAGCCGCCAUUGACAUGGGGCUGCUGGCCAAGAAAGCCUUUGAAGACAGCCACUGGACUGAGACCGCAAUGUAUGGCAACAUUCUCAAGAGCAUAGGUAUCAGCUAUCAUCUCCGUGCACGUGCAUGGUCUUCGAAAGCACAGCUCUCUAUGAGUGAGGGUAGCGAGACCAGUGUGGAGACCUCCGCUUGUGAGGACUAUCGACUGGCAGGAGACAUGUACGCACAAUCAGAGGCCUUGUUCAUCCGAAUCGCUCAGAAUAGGAAUCCUUGGUACCUGGACCUGUUGACUCAGCGAGGAAAGCUGCUCGCAGAGCAAGGCAGGCAGGAGGACGCGCGCAAGAAAUUCUUGUCGGCCAAGAGGCAAUUCGAAGCACUCGGACUCCAGAAAAGUCCCCAGUACGAUGAGGUGCAAGAACUUCUGGCGCAGGACGAUGACUACUUCUCAAUGUGA